AUGUGCACCAACAGAGCUACUGUUCCUUCGAAACCCAAUCUUGGGGACUUGCCGGAUAGCUGUGUGGCGUCGAUUCUGGGGUAUUUAGACCCACCGGAGAUCUGUAGACUGGCUCUUCUUAAUAGGGCCUUUCGAGGUGCUUCAUCGGCAGAUUUUGUUUGGGAAUCCAAACUGCCUUUGAAUUAUGGGUCUGUGAUCGAAAGAGUGUUUGAAGAUUUUCCUGAGAAAUUGUGUAAAAGAGAUAUUUAUGCCAGGCUUUGUCGACUCCAUUCUCUUGAUGGAGGCACAAAG